CGUCACCUCCCAUGGCCGGCCGCCGUGGCCCCCCAGCGAUGGUCCUCGGGCUUGCCCAGGAACACCGUGAUCCUCUUCGUGCCCCAGCAGGAAGCCUGGGUGGUGGAGCGGAUGGGCAAGUUCCACCGCAUCCUGGAGCCGGGACUGAACUUUCUUAUCCCGAUUCUGGACCGCAUUCGCUACGUACAAAGCCUCAAAGAAAUAGUCAUCAAUGUGCCGGAACAAUCAGCCGUCAGCCACGACAAUGUCACCUUGCAGAUUGAUGGGGUGCUCUAUUUACGCAUCAUGGACCCCUACAAGGCGAGUUAUGGAGUGGAGGACCCAGAGUAUGCGGUGACCCAGCUUGCUCAGACCACCAUGCGAUCCGAGUUGGGCAAGCUCUCCCUUGAUAAAGUUUUCCGGGAGCGGGAGAGCCUCAACGCCAGCAUUGUGGAUGCCAUCAACCAGGCCUCCGACUACUGGGGCAUCCGGUGCCUGCGCUAUGAGAUCAAGGACAUCCAUGUGCCGCCUCGCGUGAAGGAGUCCAUGCAGAUGCAGGUGGAGGCAGAGCGGCGCAAGCGAGCGACGGUGCUCGAGUCAGAGGGGACACGGGAGUCUGCCAUCAAUGUGGCCGAGGGGCGGAAGCAGGCCCAGAUUCUGGCCUCUGAGGGGGAGAAGAUGGAGCAGAUUAACCAAGCCGCUGGGGAGGCCAGCGCCAUCCUGGUGAGAGCUCAGGCCAAAGCGGACGCGAUCCGGCUGCUGGCUGCCGCUCUGGCACAGCAGAACGGCCCCUCAGCAGCGUCCCUGUCUGUGGCGGAGCAGUACGUGAGCGCCUUCUCCAAGCUGGCCAAGGAGUCCAACACCCUCAUCCUGCCGUCCAGCACAGGCGACGUGUCCAGCAUGGUGGCCCAGGCCAUGGGGAUCUACAGCUCCCUGAGCAAGCCACGGCCGGCACAGGACACGGGAGCCACCGCUGCCCCGUCUCUCCAGCCACACGACCCCCCAAGCACAGAAUACCCAGAGGCAGCAGAACACUCGAGUGCCAGCUAACAGAGAAGCCUGCAGGCGUGGGAUCCGGCCCGCUCCCACCUCCUGUGUGGGAGCGGACCCUGCCGUCCCUGUCCUGGACUCUAGCCCUCCCCCUCAUGUUGGUUUAUUUUCUAAAAUGGAUUUAAUCGUGUCAUAAAAGGAGAUGGCUUAA